AACUGUCAGCUUUAUUAGUGUUUGAAUGUUUCCACAUCUGGGGGGAGGCUGCGACUCUAGGACUCCUGGCAUCGGCUCUGGAUUGCGCACGUCUCUCUUUCUGUGUGUGUGUGUGUGUGUGUGUGUGUGUGUGUGUGUGUGUGUGUUCGCGCGCAGCGGUGCUUAAGUACCUUGGACAGCGCCAGGCACAAACGCACUUGUGCAUGCGUAGGUACUACACCGGAGCUCUCCCUCUUUUACAAACAAUAUCCACCCGCAGAGCCAGUUUCAUUCCUCCCGUUUUGUUUCCUUUAACCUUCCUACUCCUCUUGGACUUUCUAGUUCGGAUAAAUAACCUCUCUUUUCAGCCGGGUAUGAAGCAGUAGAGCCGCGCCGCGCUUGGAACACCGAGAAGCGUACUCCUCUCUCGCCCUCCCUGCCGCUUCCUCCUGCUGGAUCUGGAGAGAUGCCCGGGGCAGGAUGUGCUCCAGCCGCAAGAUCCUGUGGAGCCUGCUCCUGCUGUCCGUGGUGGAGGUGGGCCUGGGUGUGGCGAGCAUCGUCCUGGGAGCCGUGGGCAUUAGCUGGGUCCGGGGACAGCACAAGCCGCAGCAGGGCGACGCGUCCCCGGUGUGGAGCGGACUCUGUUUUCUGGUCUGUGGGAUGUGUGGAGUGCUGUGUGCUCGCAAGAGGACAGGUCUCAUUAUGAUCUUAUUUUCGGCAUGCUGUAUUUGUGGUCUGAUUGGUGGGAUCCUAAACUUCCAGUUUGUUCGGGCGCUGAACAAACGACCAGACUCCUUGCACUCAAUCCAUCUGGCUGCCAUGACUCUGGCCUGUCUGGGGAUCUCUUUCUGUACCUUAUCCACAUGGCUCACCUGUCGCCUGGCAAGCUCUGAGCAGCAGAGGAUGUUCCUGGAGAGGGAACACUCGCUGCAUCAUUCGCAUGAGAUGACCGAGAAGGAGAUCCUGGACAACUCCAGCAACGGUAUUCCUCAGAUAUCUUACAACGGACACACCACAGUAUCACCAUAACGUGUCACAACAGGUUACUUGCACACACUGAAACAGAGGCUGUUCAUAUGUAUCGCUUGCUGUCAGAAGACAAUUACAGCCUGUACUUCUUUUUACACAUCCUGUGGGAGAUGCAAUAACCAGAUCCUGACUGCAGGGAGUGGAUGGUCUCUCACCUGGGAAGCCAUUUUCUCUUCCGCUGGAG